GCUGAAAAGGUGUGCCAAUUUAUUUGUUGCAUUAAUAUUUUUGUAUAUUAUUGUCAUGCAAUAUUUUUGGUUUAAGGUAGUUUUAUGUUCUUAUUCUUUCUCUAUUUCAUAUAUAAUUAGGUUAAGGUUAAAUGUGAAUUAAUAAUUUGAUGCGUAAUAAUGACGUAAUGACGUGCACAGGAAGUCUUGUGAUACACGUAGUAAGUAGUUGGGAAGACGUGCUUUCAGUCUUUUGGACCUGCGCUGCUCAAGGAGCAACAUGUGUGCAACAGUGUGUCCGUAAAGCCUUAGCAGCUCCUGAUUUUCCGGUCAGAAGGCGCACACGUUUUUCACGGUGUUUGGUGUUGGUGUUUGGUGUACUUUGUGUCUGAAGACAUUAAAUCAUUGGAAAAAAUAAACAUCACUCUCAUUAAGCAUCAGUCGAUGCGUGGUUUAAUUCUGACCAGAAGAAGAGCGUCAGGGGCAGCUACAGUGAAAAACGUAUUCUCCGAGGGGAGUGAGAAACAUAUCCUUCGAGGGAAGUGAAACUGUCUGCAUAAAGUGAAGAAUACGUCGAGGAGAGGUGUCUCGACCGAGUGAAACGCAGCAUACACCCGACAAGAGCGUGCUCCUGCAGAAACUUCGAGGUGCAGCGUUCGAUGGAUGGAGGAAGAUUUUGCAUGGUGACUGCGAGACCGUCGAUGGAAGGAGGACAGCGUAAACACCCGCGAGAGGGAACAACAGCCGUCGGAACAACAGCCGAGGUGCAUCAGCUUUCCUGUGAAACUCCGAGGGCCUGCGUCUCCAGAGCGUUGGCUUGACGUGGUAGGCCAGCGCGUGGUCCUGCCUACUCACUCUGGCAUCUGUUCAGCGAGGCUGCGCGAGCUGCAAACCAGCGCAAGAAGACGGUGCACAGGGACAAUUCAGCUGACGAGUAAGCCUACCUUUGCAACGGAUAACAGGUCAGAUUGUAUAUUUCCAACUUGAUUUAGUUCAUUGAACUGGACAGAUUGAACUGAAUAUUUCGUGCUCCUUUGUUGGGGAAAGAAAGAAAAAAAAAGAGAGAAAAGAAAAAUGUUGCAUUUUGACAGUUUGUAAAUUGAACAGUAUGUAACUUGUUUUCUAUUUGUGAAUGUGUAAUUUCAUGACGGGUCCAUAGUUAUGGUUCAGUAGUUUACAUUACAUUUAAAGAUUUAAUAUUACACUAAGUUGCAUGCUAAGUGUUGAACAAAAUGGCAGAGGGCAAAACAGAUACAAGUGUACUAGAAGGAGUAAUUGAAGCUCUGGUAAAAGAGAAGACAGACUUAGAGGCAAAAUUAAACACUGAACUUGAAGAAUCAGAAAGACAGGGCAUUGAAGAGCGCAUAGCUGAAAUUAAUGCAGAUCUUCAAAUUCAUAACAUAGGGCUCGAACCAACACUUCAGUCUGAACAACAAUUGAGGCGAUCUGAAAGAGAGAAGCAUCCAACUGAAAAAUGGGUUCAAUACUUAAAAGAGGAGAGUUCCAAAAGGGAAAAGAAGUUCAUGUAUGCUUAUGUUAACUUUAAGGCUGAGGUUCAGUUUAUCAGGACCAAAUUAAAGCAAGAGUGCACUAAAAAGGAACUAGGCGACAUGAUUCAAUCCUUAGGUGUAUAUGAACCAAUAUUAAAGCAAGAAUAUGAUAGCUUGCGCACCAUGACCACACCAUCUCCGGACAUUAGGAGAAAAAUGGAUAGCUGCUCUUCUGUGACAACAGAAAUAGUCAAACUUCUCAAUACACGCUAUGCAGAAGCAGAUAAAGAGUUUGACCCCGACACAGUGAAAGAAUCACUCUUGAAAUUGCUCGAAAGAGAUGACGCCAAGUCAAUAUACGGCUCAACAGUGUCGAGAGCUGCAGGGGGCAGUCUGCCUGGUAGUCAGGUGUCCCAAAAGAAGGUAGAGGUGGCAGCGCGAUUGGCUUCAAAGCGUGCUGAAAUUACAAGGGAAAAAGAAAUAUCCGAACAAAGGAAAGAGGUGAUAGCCCAACAAGAGAGGUUAAAAAUGAUGGAAGAUAAGAGGGAUAUUGAGGCCAUGGAGGCUGAAUACACUGUAUAUGCUGAAGAGGAAUUCAAGUUAAAUGCUGAAAUAGGAGAAAGAGAAAUAAUCACAUUGCCUCCACGUCAGCUUCCCACGCAGCAUAACAGCACUCCACCCAUUCAGGUGCCCCAAAAUCUCUCAGGCUUGCCUAGCUCUGAAAGCAAAGUAGCCCCAACUUCACAUGAAACCUUGCUGGUUGAAGCCUUAAAACAGUCCCUGGUAAUGACUAGACUACCAGCACCAGAACCAUUCAUGUUUACAGGAGACCCACUCAAAUUUACAGAGUGGCGCACUAGUUUCAAGGCGUUAAUUGAAACAAGUUGCACAAACUCAGCGCACAGGCUCUUCUACUUGAAAAAAUACAUUAGUGGAGAAGCACUUUGUGUAUUAGAAGGCACAUUCUAUCGGAGUGACGAAGAAGCUUACACCCAGGCAUGGGAAGCCCUGAAUAAACGUUAUGGCCAUCCCUUCGUUAUUCAAAGAGCAUUCCGGGGGAAGUUGAGCAGCUGGCCUAAAAUUGGACCCAAGGAGUCUCUGAAGUUGAGAGAACUUAGUGAUUUCCUCAUCUCUUGCAAGAAUGCAAUGCCACAUGUUGCUGGUCUAACGGUGCUAGAUGAUUGUGAAGAAAACCAGAAAUUGCUGCAGAAGCUGCCUGACUGGUUAACUACCCGCUGGAAUCGGCUUGUGAGUAAAGCAUUGGAUGAAGGAAAACCAUAUCCUAACUUCGAGGAGUUUUCAAGCUUUGUGGCAAAAGAAGCAUGUAUUGCGUGCAACCCAGUCUCAUCCCUUCAUGCACUGAAACAAAUGGAUGAGAAAACUGAUAAAGAGCAGAAGCGUCCUAAGGCCAACACCUUGGUGAUGACAGCAAGGAUGCCAAGGGAAACCUCCUCUCAGAAGGGUUCAAGCUCCACAGAGGGUUCUACAGCCAGUCUGCCUGUAACUCAACCAAAAAGGCCCUUAGAAUGUGUCUGCUGCAAAGAAAAUCAUUUUAUCUACAGGUGUGAAAAAUUCGCAGCCAUGCCUCUUGAAGACAGGAAAAAGUUUGUUAUCAGCAACAACAUGUGCUUUGGGUGUCUUAGAGUCGGCCAUGUUGCCAAAAAAUGCCGAAAGAGAGCAACUUGUAACAUUUGCAAGCGGAAUCACCCAACUCCACUCCACGAGGAUUUUCCUCAAGGUAAGAAGCAAGAGGUACCAUCGCAAGAUGAAAGUUCUUCCACAAGCUUGUGCAAUGUGAGAAUGGACAGCGGUGACCGUACUUCCAUGAUUGUCCCAGUUUGGCUUUCCAGUGCGGCAAAGAAUAGCCCAGAACUCUUAGUCUAUGCAUUAUUGGACACACAAAGUAGCAGUACGUUCAUAGAUCAGGAUGUCUGCCAGAAAAUUCAAGCUCACACAGAACCUGUGAAGUUGAAACUGUCAACAAUGACUGACAAGAGUUCUAUUGUGAACUGCCACAGAGCUGUUGGACUUAGGGUGAGAGGGUAUCACUCACAAGAGAGCAUUGAGCUACCACCAACGUAUACACAGGAAUAUAUUCCGUUGGAGAGGAAUAGUAUUCCAACAAGUGAAACAGCAAAGAGGUGGGCUCAUCUUCACAGCGUGAUUGAAGAGAUGCCAAGCUUGUUGAACUGUCCAGUUGGACUCCUGGUUGGCUAUGACUGUGCAAGGGCUCUGAAACCACAGGAAGUGGUAUCUGGAGAAGAACAUGAACCCUAUGCAGUCAAGACGGCAUUAGGCUGGAGCAUAGUUGGAGCCACGGUGCCUUGCUCUAGCACAAACAAUGAGACCAGAUUCUGCCACCGUGUCUCUGUGAAGGAGCUUCCGCCCAUCACACCGGCCUCAGUGAUUAAAGCACUGGAGACUGACUUUCUUGACACAAACCCAAAAGAAAAGACAAUAUCACAGGAAGACAUUCAAUUUCUACACAUGUUGAAUGACAAGGUCAGGCACAACGACGCUGGACAUCUGGAGAUGCCACUACCAUUUAGGGCGCGUCCUCAGUUGCCAAACAAUAGGCAGCUUGCUACAGGGCGCCUGAAACAUUUAAAAAGAAAAAUGGAGAAGAAUCCUAAAUACAAAGAGGAUUACAUCAAGUUCAUGGACUGUGUGUUUAAAGAUGGGGAUGCAGAAGAAGCAAGUGUGGACCCCAAAGAAGGCAGCACAUGGUACAUUCCGCACCAUGGGGUGUAUCAUCCCAGGAAGCCUGAAAAGAUUAGGGUCGUAUUUGACUGCUCCGCCAAAUUUGAAGGCACUUCCUUGAACGACCAUCUGCUCACAGGCCCAGACUUAACGAACACUCUGACUGGAGUCCUGUGCAGAUUUCGCCAAUACAAGAUUGCAAUCAACUGCGAUGUGGAAAAAAUGUUUCAUCGUUUCCACGUCAGCCCAGAGGAUCGUGAAUACCUGCGAUUCCUUUGGUGGGACAAUGGAAAUACAGAAAGCGACCCUAAGGAGUACCACAUGCGUGUCCACAUAUUCGGCGCUGCAUCAUCGCCGGGAUGUGCUAACUAUGGCAUGAAACACCUUGCCACUGAAUAUGAGGAAGACUUACCACUGGCAGCGACCUUCCUUCGCAAGAAUUUUUAUGUGGACGAUGGGCUGGUCAGCGUCACGUCUGUUGAAAUGGCCAUCCAGCUUGUCAGUGAAGCGCGACAGAUCUGCAGCAGGGGACAGCUGCGUUUACACAAAUUCGUCUCCAACAACAGAGAAGUUUUGGAUGCAAUACCAGAGAGUGAACGUGCCAGUGCUGUCCAAGAUGUAGACCUGAAUUACAGUGAGCUUCCGACACAGAGUGUACUUGGCAUAAGAUGGAACAUUGAGCUGGAUACAUUUGCAUUCAAUGUCGUCCUCACAGAAAAGGCAGCCACACGGAGGGGAAUCUUAUCAACAGUAGCCAGUGUUUACGACCCACUGGGAUUUCUAGCUCCCUACCUCUUGAACGGUAAAAGAGUGCUGCAAGAGAUGUGCAGACAGGGCGUGGGAUGGGAUGAACCCAUUCCCCCUGAACUGAAGCCAAAAUGGGAAGCAUGGCUCCAAGACUUACAGAGUCUUCAAAAAAUUGAAAUUCCAAGAUGCUUCAUCCCUGAAACCCUCGGCACAGUCAGAAAAAUUGAGCUGCAUCAUUUCUCAGAUGCCAGCACUAAUGGCUAUGGCCAAUGCUCAUACAUUAGAGUUGUUGCAGAUGAGAAAGUGCACUGUGCAUUAGUCAUGGGUAAGGCCAGAGUGGCACCCAUAAGGGUUACCAGCAUUCCCCGCCUUGAGCUCACAGCAGCAACAGUCUCUGCUGCUGUUAGUAACACCCUCAGAGAAGAGCUGGAGCUGGAAAUAGAUCGAGAGUUUUUCUGGACCGAUUCACAGGUAGUGCUCGGUUACAUAAAAAACGAAGCCAGACGCUUCCAUGUAUUUGUAGCCAACCGCGUUCAGAAGAUAAGAGACACAACUGAUCCUAGUCAAUGGUUCUAUGUUGAGACGGGUAAGAAUCCAGCAGACCAUGCGUCACGGGGACUCAAGGUGGCAGAGCUGCUAGACUCAAGUUGGCUGAGAGGACCAGAUUUCUUGUGGCAACAAGAACUUGUCACAGACCAAAGAACACCAGAACUUCUUGUGGGCGACCCUGAGGUGAAGGUCUUGAGAACUGACGUGGUUGAACAAGAAAACUUCCUGAAAAGAAUCUCAAGGUUCUCAGAUUGGAACACAGCUCUCAACGUGACUGUGCGAAUCCAAAGACUGGCACAUAAAGACAGAACCGGUCCCAUCAGUGUUGAGGAACGAAGAAAAGCUGGUCUUGUGCUAGUCAGAGCAGCACAGAGAGAGGCCUUUGAAGAAGAACUCAAAUGGUUCAGCCAAGGGUCAUCAAUAUUGCCAAAGACUCACAAGAUGCAUCAACUUGAUCCAAUAUUUCAAGAUGGAUUGCUCAGGGUAGGAGGCAGACUAAGAAUGUCUUCUGCAUCCCUGGAGUUGAAGCAUCCAGUGAUCUUACCUAGGGAAGGCAUUGUCACCCAGCUCAUUCUUGACCACUGUCACAAGAAGACGCAGCACCAAGGCCGAGGUCAGACGUUGAAUGAGCUCAGAGCCAAUGGUUAUUGGAUAUUAGGUGCUAGCAAGAUAGUGGCCAAGCAUAUCAAAUACUGUGUCACUUGCAGAAAGGUGCGUGGUUCGGCAGAGCAACAACGUAUGGCGGACCUACCCAGUGACCGAGUCGAUCCCUCGCCUCCGUUUUCAUACACAGGGAUUGAUUGCUUCGGCCCUUUUUAUACCAAACAGGGUCGUAAAGAAUUCAAGAGAUACGGUCUAUUGAUUACCUGCUUGAGCUCCAGAGCCAUCCACAUAGAAAUGUUGGAGGAUCUCUCAACAGACGCGUUCUUGAAUGCUUUGAGGUGCUUCAUAGCUCUUAGAGGAGCAGUAAGACAGAUCCGCUCUGAUCAGGGGACCAAUUUCCUUGGAGCUAAGAACGAAUUGAAGAAGGGUCUGAAGGAUCUAGACAAAGAGAGGAUUGCAACUUACCUUGCAAGAAAGCAGUGUGAUUUCCUCAUGAACGUUCCUGAUGCAAGCCACAUGGGUGGGAUUUGGGAACGCCAAAUUCGGACUGUCAGGAGCGUCAUGAGCACUGUUUUGGCACAAGCCAAGGGAAGACUUGAUGACACGUCAUUGAGGACAUUUUUCUAUGAGGCUAUGUCAAUCGUAAACAGUCGUCCGCUCACCACGAAUACCAUCAGUGAUCCGAAGAGUCUUGAACCUCUAACUCCGAAUCAGUUGCUCACCAUGAAAGCUGUUGUGCCACUCCCACCACCAGGCAGUUUUGUGAGAGAAGACUUGUAUGCCAGGAAAAGGUGGAGGAGAGUGCAAUACCUAACGGAGCAAUUCUGGAGUAGGUGGCAAAAAGAGUACCUGUCUAACCUAAGCCUCAGACAACAAUGGCAUGUGCCCAGAAGAAAUGUGAAAGUGGGGGACGUUGUCAUUGUCAAGGAGGAUAAUGUUCCGAGAAAUGAAUGGAGACUUGCCAGAGUUGUGGAAGCAAGACAGGAGGAUGAUGGUCUGGUGCGCAAGGUUAAAAUCCAGAUAGCACAAAGUAAAUUAGGAAAGCGAGGUGAACGCUUAACUCAACCAACCUUUCUAGAAAGACCAGUUCAAAAACUAGUAGUACUAGUUGAACAUUAUUAGACAAGUAUCAAAAAGCACUUUAAGCAUGCUGAUCUUUAGUGUUUAAGAUCUUACACAAGAAUAAGUGGGAAAGUGGUUUUCUUAUCUUAGGGAAAAUUCCGAGAUUUAAUUCCAAGUUUCAAAAAUGAGUAACAUAAAUCUCUGGAUUUUGGUGGCAGUGUAGCUGUCGCUGAAAAGGUGUGCCAAUUUAUUUGUUGCAUUAAUAUUUUUGUAUAUUAUUGUCAUGCAAUAUUUUUGGUUUAAGGUAGUUUUAUGUUCUUAUUCUUUCUCUAUUUCAUAUAUAAUUAGGUUAAGGUUAAAUGUGAAUUAAUAAUUUGAUGCGUAAUAAUGACGUAAUGACGUGCACAGGAAGUCUUGUGAUACACGUAGUAAGUAGUUGGGAAGACGUGCUUUCAGUCUUUUGGACCUGCGCUGCUCAAGGAGCAACAUGUGUGCAACAGUGUGUCCGUAAAGCCUUAGCAGCUCCUGAUUUUCCGGUCAGAAGGCGCACACGGUAUGAAAACUGUUUUUUCUGUACAUUUUAUAUUUAAAUAGUCUGUAAGAUUUAAUAUUUAAGUUUCAUGAAGGCCACAUGGAUAUUCACGGACUGUAAAAGAUAUUGGCCUAAGAUAUUCAUUUGUUUGGAAGAUGACGAUGUUAAGACUGUUAUAUUUAUUUCAUUUCAGUUUUUCACGGUGUUUGGUGUUGGUGU